GUCAGAGAGCUGCUGAUGAAGAUGAAGGAGCUGCUCCUCUUCCUCUCCUGUGUCCUCUGUGUCUCUGCUGACGGUCAACACGGUGACAUUAAAAUCAUUGGCUGUUCAGACUCUUAUGGAGAGCUGAUGUUUGGACUGGAUGGUGAAGAGCUUGCCUACGCAGACUUCAACAAACAGGAGAUGAUCUACCCUCAGCCUCCUUUUAUUGAUCCUAUGACUUACCAGGAAGGAACUUAUGAAUCAUCUGUGGCUAAUCUACAGGUCUGCAGAGCUAACAUGCAGAACAGUCGUAAAGGCAUGAAGGACUUCCCUCUAGAACGUGAUGCUCCUUCAGGUGUGAUGAUCUACACCAGAGAUGAGGUGGAGUUUGGAGAGAAGAACUAUCUCAUUUGUUAUGUGACUGGUUUCUAUCCUGCUCCUGUCAACGUCUCCUGGACUAAGAACAAAGAGAAAGUCACACAAGGAUCCAGCAUCAAUGUUCCCUACAUCAACAAAGAUGGGACCUUCACCCAGAUCUCCAGACUGGACUUCACCCCACAGCAGGGAGACGUGUACAGCUGUAAAGUGGAACAUCUGGCCCUGACUGAACCAGCAACCAAAUUCUAUGAGGUGGAGGCGUCCGCUCGCUCUGAUCCAGGUGUUGGACCCUCUGUGUUCUGUGGAGUGGGUCUGACUCUCGGUCUGGUCGGUGUGGCUGCUGGAACCUUCUUCCUCGUCAAAGGAAACGAGUGCAGCUGAUUGGCUCACAUAGUUCUACAAUGAGCUCAUAAUCAGACUGUGCUGUAUGUGUGUGUACAGAGAGUUCACCUGUAGUGAACAUCUGAUUCCUCUUUUCUGUCUGCUUCCUGUUACCUGUUCAUCUGACAUGCUUUAAUAAUAGAACUCCACCUGUUCUGUCUGUCAUCAUAGGUGUCAAUAAAGUUUGACUAUGGAAUUAAAAUCAAAGCUUCUUUCAGCCGCUCUCCCACCACAGCUCCACAAAGUCAAAAUAUAACAAUGAGACUGAAAUCAGUUUUAUCUGAACUCAGUGUCAGGAGAUCUCAGUGUGUUCAUAAACUGCUAUAAUGAUUCUUUGUUUAUCAAACUGUUUCACAUUUUCAUAUAUCAAUAAAACAUCUGAGUAAUAAACCCA